CAAGUAAUACUUGAGAUUGUGAGAUUUAUGCAUUGUCACUGUUUGUUAGUCAUUGCAUGAACAUACACGUAAACUGCGCACUUUAUCGAAUGGACUUGUAAGAUCUGUUUAUGUCAGUUUAUAUUAAAUCUCAUUUUACAUAAAUCGCAGUAAUUAUCUUAAAAAUAAAUAAAUAAAAAAUGGAGCUGGGAGUUCAAGAAAUUUUAGUGAUAGUUUCGGGAGUUUUACUUACUAUUUAUUAUUGGACUGUCUCUACACAUAAUCAUUGGAAGCGUAUGGGAAUUUCUGGGCCAAGGCCAUCACCGCUAGUUGGUAAUAUGGGUUCUUUUUUUGUGGGAAAAGUGUCUAUAGUCGAACUGUUGGAUGAUUUGUACAACAAGUGGAAGAACGAAAGAUUUAUCGGAAUCUUCAACGGGCGUACUCCGGUUUUGAUGGUUAUGGACCCCGAUUUAGUUCGAAAUAUUUUAAUAAAAGACUUCAAUAUCUUCCCGGGUCGCGGAAUGCACAUUAAUGAAGCCGAUCCUUUAGCUCAAAAUUUAUUCGCCAUUGAUGGGCAUAAAUGGAAAGUCAUGAGAAGUAAAUUAACUCCUAUAUUUACAACAGGAAAAUUGAAACAGAUGGUUGACUUGAUGAUCGAGUGUGUUGAACACUUUGAAAAGUAUCUUAAAAACCAAGUUGGCAGUGGUAAAGUUGUUGAUUGUCGUGAAGCUGCCGCGAAAUUUACCACGGACGUAAUUGGCAGCUGCGCUUUUGGGAUCAACAUGAACGCUCUUAACAGAGAAGACAGCCAGUUUAGAAUAAUAGGAAGAAAAAUUUUCGAAUCGUCUUAUUUAAAAUUGUUAAAGCGAUUGUUUCAGGAAGCCGCUCCAAGAUUUUGCAGGCUUAUCGGGAUGAAAGGAAUGCCUAAAGAAAGUAUCGAUUUCUUUGUUAAUACUAUAAGAGAGACAAUGGAAUUUCGCGAAAAAAACAAUCUAGUUCGACAUGAUUUAGUUGACAUUUUGAGAGACAUAAAGAAAAAUCAAAAUGAAAUUGAUUUUGAGAUUACAGAAAAUUUAUUGGCUGCCCAGGCGUUCGUUUUCUUUGCAGCGGGUUUCGAAACUUCUUCUACGACAAUUUCCUUCGCGUUGUAUGAAUUGGCGCUUAAUCUUAAAGCUCAAGAAAAAUUAAGAGCUGAAAUUUUGGAAACAUUGAAAAAACACAAUGGUCAAUUGUCCUACGACAUCGUUAACGAAAUGAAGUACCUCAAUAUGGUUUUAGAAGAAACACUGAGAAAAGAUUCACCAGCAGGGCUAUUGAUAAGAAAGUCAGUAGAACCUUAUAAAAUACCAGACAGCAACAUAACUUUGCCGACUGGUACAACAAUACAGAUACCAGUCUACAGUUUUCAUCACGACGAGCAAUACUAUCCUAAUCCAGAAGUCUUUGACCCGGAAAGGUUCAAUGAAAAUGAGAAGAGACAUCCAAUGGUUCAUUUACCUUUCGGUGACGGCCCUAAAAAUUGUAUUGGCUCGAGAUUUGCUGUUUAUCAAUCAAAACUAGGAUUAAUUGCAGUACUAAAAAAUUUUAGAGUUACACCUUCAAAAUCAACACGCGUGCCAUUCAAAAUUGAUAGUAAAGCUUUGGUUCUUUCAGCGGUCGAAGGAAUAAAUUUGACGCUUGAACCUUUGAAAUUAAUGGAUUUCGGCUUACAAGAAUUGCUAAUAAUAACUGUAGGAGUUAUUCUUGCAUUUUAUUAUUGGUCAACAUCAACGUACAAUUACUGGAAGCAAUUAGGCGUUCGUGGUCCAAAACCAACGCCGCUUGUCGGCAACAUGGGUCCGGUUUUCUUCGGCAGAAUGUCAAUAAACGAAUUAUUGAUGAAACUAUAUAAGAAGUGGAAAAGUGAAAGCUUUAUUGGAAUCUACAAUGCAAGAUUUCCGGUGCUAAUGAUUACCGAUCCCAAUCUAGUGCGUCAUGUUUUAAUAAAAGAUUUCCAUGUCUUCCCAGGUCGCGGAACAAAAGUAAAUGACAACGAUCCUCUAGGACAGCACUUGAUUAGUCUCGAAGGUCAUAAGUGGAAAGUAAUGAGAGCUAAAUUAACGCCGAUUUUUACCACUGGUAAACUUAAGUACAUGGUUGAUUUAAUGAUUGAUUGUGCGAAUCAUUUUGAAAAGUAUCUAGAAAAUAAAAUUGGGAGUGGUAAAGUGCUUGAAUGUCGCGAGAUAGCGGCUAAAUUUACUACAGAUGUCAUUGGAUCUACGGCUUUUGGAAUUAAUAUGAAUGCGCUUGAAAAUGAGGACAGCCCGUUUAGAAUAGUAGGACGAAAAAUAUUUGAGCCGUCUGUUUACAAUAUGAUAAGACGAAUGCUUUUUGAUUAUUCACCGAGACUAUUAAAGCUUCUCAACAUGAUAAGUUCACGUAAAAAUCACACUAAUUUCUUCAUCAAUUCUAUUCGAGAGACUAUGGAAUUUCGGGUAAGAGAAAAAAUCAUUCGUCACGAUCUGGUCGAUCUGUUGAUGGACAUAAAGAAAAAUCAAAAUGACAUUGAUUUUGAGGUAACUGAGGGUCUUCUGACAUCUCAAGCUUUCGUUUUCUUCCUCGCCGGUUUCGAAACUUCGUCAACCACGAUUUCUUUUGCUCUAUAUGAACUUGCGACUUCUCCCAAAGUUCAAGAAAAAUUAAGAUCUGAAAUUCGUGAAACACUGAAAUUAAACAACGGUCAGUUAUCAUAUGAUGUGAUCAAUGAGAUGAAGUAUCUUAAUAUGGUCAUACAAGAAACUCUGAGGAAGAAUCCACCAGUUUCAGUAUUACGAAGAAAAUCAGUACAACCAUACAAAUUACCUGGAACUGAUAUAACCCUGCCUACUGGUACAGCAAUACAAAUUCCAGUAUACACUUUACAUCACGAUGAACAGUAUUAUUCAAAGCCUGAAGUAUUUGAUCCCGAAAGAUUCAAUAAAAAUGAAGCAAAAACUUCCCUCUCAGGAAUUUAUUUGCCAUUUGGAGAUGGUCCAAAAAAUUGCAUUGGGGCGAGAUUCGCUAGUUAUCAAUCGAAACUAGGACUGGUUACAAUAUUGAAGAACUUUAGAGUGUCGCCUUCCGAAUCUACUACAGUACCAUACAAAAUUGAUAAAACCGCCAUAAUAUUAUCUGCCGCUGGAGGCAUGAAUUUAAAAUUUGAGCCAUUAAUUUAAACUUUCGUACAUUAUGUAAUUGUAUUUGGCAUAAAUAAUGUUAAAUUAAUUGAACUAUUAUUACAUACAGCGACUUUUCAUCUUUAUUUAUUCUGACUUAAUUAUUAAUUUCUUAAAAAUACAUUAAUAAAUAAAUACAACAAUACAAAA